CUGCUGAACUGUUACGAGACUGCGGCAGUAUGAAAAAGUCACGUGGCGGGAAGACAAAAGACAUCAGUGUAAGGACAUGCGCUACUUAUCCAUCUUCACCCACCCGUUACACCACAGCAAAACUUGACCCAUAAAGAUUCAAACACUGCAACGCACAAGUGAGCAUGUGCGGUUCAGUGUCAGACCAAGUAAUGCGUCAACAUCGUCCCGAGAUGGCACAAUCCACACAUGGCCAUCCUCCUGCCUCCUCACAAAUGCCUUCUCUCCCCGCCCCCCACCCCCUCGCAGCCACACUGACUUGAUCUCCAUCGACCGCAUAUCGGGAUCACUGAACAGAUCGGCCGCGCCAGGCAGCGGGUUGCCGGCAAGAGGCGGCCAUAUCUUGGUUUCCGUCCACUGCCGCCGGCGAUCCUUGUAGUCGACACAGGGCUCGUCCUCUCCUGGUGGUAAGACGUCUCCGCGGGCACACUUGUAGCCCCACACAUCGCUCAGCUUGCCAUCCUUGCCCACCACGAACACAAAAAAAUCAUAGAUACCCUCGAAGGCAUCAGGCUUGGGCUCAUAGAAGAAGACGGUGAAUCGUGUAGAGCAUGGAGGUCCGCUCCUUUGGACAAACGCCUUGACGACGUCCUCAGUGUUUCUCCACUCCGAGCUGCUGAGGCACCCGCCAAAUUUGCAGCCCAUCGCCUCCUUGUCCCACUUCAACGGUAUCACGAGAGAGCCGGAAAGGAUGUUGCCGAUAUGCGGUGGGACCUCGUCAGCUUCGCGGGGGCCAUAGUGGGUUAGCUUUGCUAUUUCGCCUUGCAGCAAUCGUAUGAGAACCGCCGCUGCACACGGCCCAACCCACUGGCGUCCCUCCUCAGCAUGAUUUAGCAUCCGCAAGCUGCUGGCAACAGCAUUCAGCCCCUCAGAAAGAGACGCGCCAGCAUUCUCCUUCAAAGCGUCCCAUUGCGCCAGCCUCGUGCACAUACCAGCCAGGUGCACAUACCAGCCAGAUAGCAAGGAGGCAGUGAGUAUGUUCGAAAACGUCGUCCUGGCCGUUUAUAUGAAGUCCUUUCUUCGUCAAACACAUUCAAGAGUGCCGUCCAGAUGCCGAUGUUAGAAAUUGAAGAGCCGAAGGUCACUCCUCCUUCCAUAGCCGUCAUUAUAACCUCAGACAAUACCUCAAUCGCUUCAAAUCUUCUCCGAUCGACACGAGAGACGAUGCUGACUUUGGCCUCCAGAGAGCCACCGUACUGACUUAUCUCCCACACUAGUCCAGGAGAUCGCCCGGCCCAGCAAAUCGUUCCACGAGUCACAUUGCUGUUCAGAACGUGCUCCAGGUCCUUUUCCUCGAUCAAAGGCAGCUCUGGCCGGAGCAGGUGACGACGCUUCCGGAACAUUGGAUCGAGGAAGGAAAGAUAUCUGUCGCUGACAGUGGUCGCAUUGUUGGGCUCAGUGAAGACGAAGUGCCGGUCACGAUUAUUGAGGAAAUCGCACAGGAGGAAUUCACCCACUUCGCCCUCCGCUUUAGAGCGCUCGCCGCCCUGCAGAGUCGCAAAGCGGUGAAGGUCGUCGAUAAGCAGCACACACGCCUGAGGCCACUCACGCGCGGUGCGCUCGCUGAUGGAUGCGUGCUUGAGCCACAUCGUAAAGUUCAGCUUGUCGACAUCCACAUUGGCUGCCCGUGCGACCCUUGCUCGCGCCUCGUCGGUCGCCGCCGCCCACGCCAGCCGCAGAUUGAGUGAGUCGAACAACGGCGUAGAGGCGCCUUCGGUGUCUAAGUGAUACUCGCUCUCGUCACCAAAAGAGAUAAAGAUAGCAGGGAUGCCCUCCUGUCGCAGCUUCUUAGACAGCUCUUUCAGCAUCCGGGUCUUGCCAGCCCCUUGGAAGCCGACGAAUGACAUUGGCAUCACUCGCUCGCUCGACGAGUCCAUCCUCCCGUACUCGGGCAGCAGCAGCGAAUAAGCCUUGUCCACAUAAUCGCUCCCAAUGAACACCUCAGGCUCUGUCGUCAAGUCCACUCGAGGCAGCGGCACGUCAGCCGUGGGCAACAGAUCAUCCACUGUCAGCUCCACGCGACCUGCAGACGAACCAGACACGAUGAGUCUUGCUGCCUGGUCGGCAAUGGGGAGAUGAACGUGUCACUAACCUCCUGCCUCUUGUGGCCUUUUGUGUGCCAGCUGGUCUUGUGGCUCGGACUCCUGUGGCCUCUUCAUGGCUUUCAUGGGAUGUGCUUCUGUGAUGAAUCAAACCACGAAAAGCGAGGUGCGAACC